CGCGAUUUUCUAAGAUUGAUAGUGAUAAAAAGUCUCCAAGAUGACCACUGAUCCUAAAUCUAAGUUAUCCGAGCUUCAAGCGACUAUUUCUAAAAUGUCGCUGGAGGCGUGCUGUGUCGCGGUAUUACCGGAGCUAGGGCUCCUCUGGAGCGACGUGUCGCGUGCCAUCCGCAGCUCGAGGAUGCCCAUGACGCCUGCGAGCGCCGCGAGGGUGCUCUGCAGACACAUAUCCCGGUCACUGCCGGCUGAAGAAUACGAUGAUUUGUUAAACCGAUUGAAGCUUAAAUUGGUAGCGACCCAAAGGCGAGUGUGGCACCUGGUGUCUCUGUCGGAGCCCGAGUCGGAGGAGCCCGUGUCCGCGGCCGCCGUGACGUCGCGCGUGCGGCACGCGCUGCGGAAGGCCAAGGCGCCCAAGAAUAUGACCACUGUGGUGGAGUCGGUGAACAUCGGUGACUUGGUGUACUUCAGCGUACAACUAGUAUCCGCGACGAAGCAGGGCAGCACCCUGUACUGCGCAGUGCCCCCGGGGCGCCCUGUGGCGCUGCUCAGCUCCCUCGGGGCCAAGACCAUGCUGAAGGCCAUCGUGGAAGGUCUCGGCUACAAGACGUACACGGACGAGAGCCUCCACGGGCGCGACAUCCCGUCCCUGCUGCGCAUCCACGCGCGGGGCUCCGGCGGCGACCACGUGGAGCUCCGGGGCGCUCCGGAGUACCGCCCGCAGCCGCUGCUCACCGACAACGGGAUCGAUUUCACCUACAAGGGUUACAACGAGGAGUACAUGGAGCUGGUGAUGGGCCCCGACCCGCCGCUGCUGACGAACCUCAAGAUACAGACCUCCGAGCCCUUCUAUGACCCUAAUAGGUUAAACAAGAACAUAAACCUGACCAUAGAGCUGAAGAGCCCGGACAUCGCGGCCACGCUGAAGGAGUGGGUGCGGCUCGGCGCGCUCGCGCCCACCUCCCCGCUCGUGCAGAUCUUCCACCAGACGCAGAGCAGCAGCAUCACAUACCAGCGGGACGACGACUAGCUUAU